AUCAAACACCGAAAGGCCCUAUCUGAAAGACAAGAUAGAGUGCUGGGGGACCGUUUGCGCCGCUGUCGGGGAGAUCGCCAUGUCGUCCAAGAUGUCACUGGCCACGGAACAAACUCCCCUGAUCUCUCCGCGCGAGGCACGUGUCAGCUGCUGACCCUCGUCAUUCCGUCCCUUCGUACACUUAUGGUAUGGAUGACCGCAGGAUGGCAUGUAUUGCGCUCUCCAAAGACCAUCCCAAAGCUUAUUAAAUUUCAAGUGAUUCUUCAUCGACCCAGCUUGAAGUGGCGAGGCCAAGCCGCACGGAUUCGGACAAGAGAUUAGGCCAAUUCGCAGUUGGUGUUCGAGAUACGGCAUUCUCAUGGAUUCAGGUCUGUCCGACGAGGCGAGAGAUAAGGCUGAGGCCAUCAAGACAGACGCCAACGAAUUUUUCAAGAAGCAAGACUAUGAGAAAGCCAUUGAAUUGUACACAGAAGCAAUCAACUUGAACCCCAACAUACCAGCAUAUUAUGGCAAUAGAAGUUUUGCCCACCUGAGAGUGGAGUCCUUUGGAUAUGCUCUGGCUGAUGCAUCAAAGGCAAUCGAAUUGGACAAGAACUAUGUCAAAGCUUACUACAGGAGAGCUGGUGCUUACAUGUCACUUGGCAGAUUCAAACUAGCCCUCAAAGACCUUGAAGCAGUCGUGAAGGUGAGGCCAAAUGAUGCCGAUGCAAAGAGGAAAUACAAUGAAUGCAAGAAGAUAGUGACAAAGAAUGCUUUCUUGGCAGCCAUAGCAGUGGAGGAGAAUCACAAGUCUGUCUCUGAAUGCAUUGACCUGGACAGCAUGAGCAUUGAGGAGGACUACACAGGACCAAAGUUGGAAAACGGGAAUGUAACUUUGGAGUUUGUGAAUACCCUCAUGGAAACCUUCAAGAAGCAGCAGAAACUUCAUCGCAAGUUUGCUUACAAGAUCUUGAUGGAUGCCAAGAAGUAUUUUGAGCAGCAACCAACAAUGGUAGAGGUUACUAUUUCCCCAGAUUCCAAGUUCACAGUCUGUGGUGAUAUACACGGACAGUUUUAUGAUCUCAUGAACAUCUUUGAUAUCAACGGGCUUCCUUCUGAGGAUAAUCCAUAUUUGUUCAAUGGAGACUUCGUUGAUCGUGGUUCAUUCUCUGUGGAAUGUAUUUUCACACUGAUGAGCUUCAAGCUGCUGUAUCCUAACCAUUUCUUCAUGUCCAGAGGUAAUCAUGAGAGUGCAACUAUGAAUCAGAUGUAUGGCUUUGAGGGAGAGGUGAAGUCAAAAUACACUCCCCAAAUGGCUGAACUUUUCACAGAAGUGUUCAAUCUUCUACCUCUAUGCCAUUUGCUCAACAACAAAGUUUUGGUAAUGCAUGGAGGCUUGUUUUCUCAAGACAACGUCACACUUGAAGACAUAAAAAAAGUAGAUCGGAGAAGGCAACCUCCAGAGGAAGGAAUCAUGUGUGAGCUGCUAUGGUCUGACCCUCAGCCUGAUAAUGGAAGAGCACCAAGUAAAAGAGGUGUUGGUGUCCAGUUUGGUCCAGAUGUUACUGAGAAGUUCCUGAAGAACAAUUCCUUGGACUAUGUUAUUCGUAGUCACGAGGUGAAGCCCGAAGGCUAUGAGAUCAGUCACGGACAGAAGUGCAUCACCGUCUUUUCAGCGCCCAACUACUGUGAUACAAUGGGGAACAAAGGGGCAUUCAUCACAUUCACUGGCAAGGACCUCACACCCAAGUUCACAACCUUCUCUGCUGUUCCUCAUCCCCCAGUGAAGCCGAUGGCCUAUGCUGAUUUUUUCUCAAGCUUAUUUCUAUAGUACAGGUAUUUGUGUCUUAAUUUUUUUUGCUUUCUUUUUCCUGUGCUGGUCCCAUUUAUGUAGGGAAUGUCUGCCAUACACUUCUUCCCAAAGAGAGCUCAGUCAUUCAGGUCAGAGUUGCAGAUCAUAAAGUUUGUGAUAACCAUUAA